AUGUUGGGCAGUCUUACUUCGUAUGUGUGAUUCUCAAUUGUAGAAUGUCCGACAUUUCAUAAGGAAGCUAUAUUGAUCGUUUGGAGCCAAUUCUUAUUGAGUUCUUAUCUUUGUAAACAAGAAGAAAAAUAAGGAUCGUAGGCUCAAACGAUGAAUUCUAGAAUACUGUUUUAAAGAGAGUUCGAUCGAUCCACUGAUCCUCGAUCGAUCAAUGCCGCAAAGCCAUGAUCAAGAUCAUGAUAGGAUUUUAGGCAUGAAAUAAGAUACCCGUCCUCAUUUCUUGAAGUGUACUUACUUGCUUUGGACAUUGAAGUAACCAGUGUAACGAUUAUCUGUGUUUUGAACUACUGAAACUGUCGUGGAACAAAUCAAACCUUUUGUGUUUUAGAACGGGUGCACAAUUGAGGGACUAGACUAGACACACGCUAUAAUUUGACUUAUAAUGCAUACUUAAGCUAUACAAAAAGAUGUAGGAACGCUUAAUGAUGUGUGUCUGGUCGCGGCCUAUUAUGCAAUGUCCACUCUCGGUAGUUCGAUCGCUCCCAAAGCUCUUAACGGAUGCUAUCAGUUGCAAAUACUUUCAGGCUCCAACGGGUUUAAUCAUAUAAACAGUACCGAUCGACCCAUUCCAUAAAAUCCGUUUAGGUUCUCUAGUAGUGAUGGGUGGGUCGACCCGAACCUAUCGGAUCGGAGCCAUCCGUAAGCGACCCGGAGUCCUUCGGGUCGACCCGAAAGGUACAAGUAGGUUCAGUAGGGAUAACGACUCCAGUAAGUGUAAGAAAGCAUAAACGACUCCGACCCGAUGAUGCAGCGAGUUCGCGUCGGUAGGUUCAAUACCCAGGUAGGUUGAGGCAAGGUAGGUUCAAUACCUGGCUUGCACCCGACUCCCGGCCAGAUCGUGAAAUGAAUCCUUUGACCCAACACUAUUAUCUACAGCAGCAACAGUAGAGAUUGGCACUAAAUGAGAUGGUGUGAAGGUGUCUGGAAUUAAGACUAAGACAAAAUAACUACCAUGCUUCACUCUUCGACCACACUUUCUUUCACUCUUUUGGUGUCCGAAAACCCCAUUUCGUAUAGAAUGGAAGCAUUAGAUGAGGAAACUAACAAAACUGUGUCGCGAUUUUUUUACUCACUUUAGAACGGCUUCUUUACUGUCCCGUUCUAGUGUACCGAGUUAUCGUAAUCGUUUUUCACAUUGCAUUGCAUCAUCGCUAUCAGCUCAUUUUCUUACAGAUCCUUCUUUCCUUCUUCUACUUCUGACCUACUCUUUUCGAGACAAACAAACAUCCCGUUUGUUGGCCGGCGUAUAACCACGAUAAACGAGGUUUUGUUAUUCUAGUCCACACUUGCGGUGUGUGCAGUUAUCGUUGCAAUGGGUUGCAAAAGUUUACCGACCCGGGAUGAGGGGAAAGAAUUUAGCAUAAAAGCAUGCGGCUGUGUGGUUCUGCUUAGCAGUCUCCAGUGCGCAACUGCAGACGUUACAGUUGAUCGUGUGAAGUUAGUGUUCGCGGUUGUGUGCUCUCUCCCUACCGUUCUUCAGCAUGACGGAUAUUAAUACACGCUUUCGUGGGCUGCUGCAGCGCCCUUACGAGCCGACCUUCGUGCCGAAAAACAAUGGCCAGCUGUACUUCGAUGUACCGGACUCUUACCUAACCGACCACUAUCGCCCGUUCGGCGCGGCGCUGCAGAAUCGGUUUGGCACAAACGCUCAAACGCGCAUUCCACUGCCAAACAUUACGGCACCGGAUCUGGCGUACGCGGAUGCCGUUAGCCGUCGGGGUGGAUUUUCGAUUUUCCAUCCAUCGCAUCAGCGCGUGGCUAGUCAGCUGAUCGAGCUGUUUCUCGAACAAUCGAACCCGGACGCACUGACGGCAAUGGCUGUGUUUGUGCGGGAUCGUGUGAAUGGUCCGCUGUUCCAGUACGCGCUCUCGGUCGCGCUGAUGCAUCGUACCGAUACGCGCGAUGUCGAGAUUCCGAGCUUUUUGGAGCUGUUCCCCGAUCGGUACGUUGAUCCGGCUGUGUUUCCGCAGCUGCGCGAAGAGGGCACACUUGUGGACCAGGGUGAUCGCCGUGCAAUCGAGAUCCCGAUGAACUUUACCGCCUCGGACAGGGUGGACGAGCAGCGGUUGGCCUACUGGCGGGAGGACAUCGGUGUGAACCUGCACCACUGGCACUGGCAUUUGGUGUAUCCGGCCCGCGGGCCGGAUCGUAUCGUGCGCAAGGAUCGCCGGGGUGAGCUGUUCUACUACAUGCACCAGCAAACGAUGGCUCGCUACAACAUUGAGCGGUUUGCAAACGGUAUGCCGCGGGUGGUUGCGUUCCGAAAUUUCCGCGAAGCCAUCCCCGAGGCGUACUUUCCCAAGAUAACGCGCAGCUCCGAUGGACGUUCGUAUCCAGCUCGGCAUCCCAACGAAACAUUGAGUGAUCUAAAACGUGUUGAGGAUGGUGUAAUUGUAUCGAUCGCUGAUAUGGAGCUAUGGACGACUAGGAUUUUUGAAGCAAUUGAUAACGGCUUCGCUCAAUCGUCGAGCAAUCAGCGUGUUCCAUUGGACAAUGACAGCGGGAUCGAUUUGCUGGGGAACAUUGUGGAAGCGAGCACCCUGUCGGUGAAUCCGCAGUACUACGGAGAUCUUCACAACAACGGGCACAACAUCCUUGGCUACAUACACGAUCCGGACAACUCGUUCCUGGAGGGUUUCGGAGUGGUCGGAGACAACACGACGGCCAUGCGCGAUCCGGUGUUUUAUCGUUGGCAUCAGCACAUCGACGACAUUUUCGUCCGUCACAAGCAACGGCUUCCGGCGUACACGGGACAGGAGCUAGCAUUUAACGAUGUGGCGGUGGAUAGCUUCGAAAUUCAACUGAACAAAGCGAACGCACCCGUCAACAUUCUGCUAACGUUCUGGCAAAGAUCGCAGGUAAAUCUCGGCACCGGGCUCGACUUCGGCCCGGAGGGCAAUCUGUUUGCGACGUUCACGCACAUUCAGCACGCACCGUACAGCUACCGCAUACGGGUGAACAAUCGUGCCGGGGACACUAGACGCGGCACGGUACGCAUAUUCUUCGGACCGAAAACAAACGAACGUGGCCAAACGUUGCCAUUCCGCGAGCAGCGCCGUUUGAUGGUGGAGUUGGACAAGUUUACCGUCACACUUAAUGCCGGUGCUAAUACGAUCGUGCGACGAUCGGAUCAAUCGAGCGUAUCGAUCCCGUACGAGCGAACGUUCCGAAAUGUGGCUGCCUCAUCGCUGACACAGAAUGAAGCCUUCCAGUUCUGUAACUGUGGUUGGCCGAACCAUAUGCUUCUGCCGAAAGGUUCUCCCGACGGUAUUGAGUAUGACUUUUUCGUUAUGGUUACCGAUUUUGCACAGGAUCGCGUUGAGGAUUUCGACGAGAAUGUUAACUGUAACGAUGCUCACUCAUUCUGUGGUCUGCGUGAUCGACGCUAUCCGGAUUCACGUAGCAUGGGCUAUCCGUUCGAUCGCUUCACGCCAGGAACGAUUGGCAGUUUGCUAGAUUUUACCAAACCUUACAUCAACAUGUUGGUCACUCCGGUGAAGAUACGGUUCACCAAUACGGUCAUAGCGCGUACAAUGGCUACCAACAUUCGGGACAAGUUUCGUGGCCUGUUACAGCAUCCGUACGAACCGCUGUUUCUACCGAAAAGCGAUGGCCAACUGUUUUACGACCUGCCGGAGAAGUUCUUCACCGACCGUUAUCGCCCGAUCGGGCAAAACCUGAUCAAUAGGUUCAGUGCGGCGGCGGCUGCACCGGCCGGUACGAGUGCGGACACACCGACCAUGAAUCGGGUAUCGCUCAACAACAUCCCCGAUCCGGACAUAAAGUUUGCCGAAGCCGUACCACGCCGCGGAGCAUUCUCUCUCUUCAUCCCGGAACAUCGCGUUAUCGCUGGACGUUUGAUCAAGCUGUUCCUGGAUCAACCGGACGCCGAUACACUGGGGGAUGUCGCUGCUUACGCCAGGGACCGACUGAACGGUCCACUCUUUCAGUAUGCACUGGCAAGUGCUUUGCUGCAUCGAAGCGAUACGAGUGAUGUUCCCGUGCCUUCAUUUUUGCACCUUUUCCCGGAUCAGUUUAUAGACCCAGCAGCGUUUCCCCAAAUUCGCGAGGAAGGCCGUGCCGUGUUGCAACCGAAUCGGAUGUCGAUUGACAUUCCGCUGAACUACACGGCAUCAGAUCGUGUGACCGAGCAGCGGUUGGCUUACUUCCGGGAGGACAUUGGCGUGAAUCUUCAUCACUGGCAUUGGCAUCUGGUGUACCCGGCAGAAGGGCCGGAACGGGUUGUGCGGAAGGAUCGCCGGGGUGAGCUGUUCUACUACAUGCACCAGCAGAUGAUUGCCCGCUAUCAGGUCGAACGUUACAGCCAAGGUUUGGGGCGUGUGACUCCACUAGACAAUCUGCGGAUGCCCAUCCCCGAGCCCUACUAUCCGAAGAUUCUGCGCAGUGCCAACAAUCGUACGUAUCCUGCGCGCUAUGCCAACAUGACGCUGGAGGACGUUAUACGUCCGAAUGAUGGGCUGCGUGUGAUCAUUUCGGAAGUAGAACGUCAGCUUCAGCGCAUUAUUGCAGCGAUUGACGAAGGUGUUGUGGUUGCGCCAAGCGGACAGCGCACACAGUUGGACAACUUCCGCGGCAUCGAUAUAUUGGGCAAUAUCGUUGAAAGCUCGACCAUAUCCGUGAACGGCCAGCUGUACGGCGAUACGCACAACAGUGGGCACGUAUUGCUUUCGCUCGUGCACGAUCCGAGGGAAGAUUUUCUUGAGAGCUUCGGUGUGAUGGGAGAUGUGACGACGGCGAUGCGUGAUCCCGUCUUCUACCGCUGGCACACCUUCGUGGACAGCAUUUUCCAGCGCCACAAGCAACGGUUCGCACCGUACGGGCCGGCCGAAUUGAGAAACCCGGGCGUUAACUUGCUGAGCCUGGAAACGGAGCUAGAUCGGCGCGAUUCGGUCAAGAACACGUUGCUAACGUUCUGGCAACGUUCGCAGUUCGAUCUGGGUGCUGGUAUAGACUUCGGCGCAGAGGGCAGCGUGUUCGUAACUUUCACUCAUCUACAGCACGCCGCAUUCAACUAUCGGCUGCAGGUUGCCUAUUCUGGUACGGCCAAGCCUGCGACACUGCGCAUCUUUCUGGCACCGAAGCGUAAUGAACGAGGACAAUCGUUGACGUUUGAAGAGCAACGACGGCUGGCUAUCGAGAUGGAUACAUUCCGUGUGAAUUUAACACCUGGCAUUAACAACAUCAUUCGACGAUCGGCAAACUCGAGUGUUACCAUCCCAUACGAACGCACCUUCCGCAACGUGGCUAACACAAACAUUGGUGAUGCAAAUUUCCGCUUCUGCGGCUGUGGAUGGCCAUCGCACAUGCUUGUGCCGAAAGGCGAUCAGUUCGGUGUGGAGUACGAUCUUUUCGCGAUGCUGUCCGAUCAUGAGCAGGACCGGGUGAAUCCAUUGUUUGAUGAACGCACGGAUUGCAAUGAUGCACACUCGUUCUGUGGUUUGAGGGAUCGUACGUAUCCAGAUGCACGCAACAUGGGCUUUCCGUUGGAUCGUCGUGUAGCGAACACGGUUCGAUCGUUCCAGGAUUUCGUUGCGCCGUAUCAGAACAUGCGUGUCGCAACGAUAAAGAUUCGCUUCACCAAUACGGUUGUGGAGAGAUUGCUUGUAUCAAACCGUUCGGACCACAACAUGUCGGACCUCCAAACUGGAUUCCUGUGUCUUAUGACGCGUCCUACCGAACCAUUGUUCUAUCCGAAGUACAACGGAGAAGUGUUUAUGGAUCUUCCUCCCGAGUAUCUUCCCGAACGCUAUCAACGUAUAGCUGGUUCGAUCAAAACCCACCACGGAUCGACAGCCAAGCAUCACAUCUCGAUCAAGCCAGUGGAGCUGCCGGACUUUGGGUACACCGCUCGUGUACCACGCCACGGUGAAUUUAAUCUAUUUAAUCCGGCUCAACGGCAGGUGGCAGGGCGGCUGGUAGGAGACUUGCUCUCACAGCCCGAUCCCCAAGCAAUGCUCUCGGUGGCGGCUUACGCCCGCGAUCGUUUGAAUCCAACCCUGUUCCAGUACGCACUUGCCGUAGCGUUGGUACAUCGAAAGGAUACGGGUAACGUACCGGUACCCUCUUUUCUGGAAAUGUUUCCCACACGGUUCGUCGAUCCGGCACUGUUCCCUAAGCUAGUUGAGGAGGGAUUUGUAGUGCAGCAGGGUGAACGCGUGGCAAUUGAGGUGCCACCCAGCUUUAGCGCCUCUGAGGCAGAUCCCGAACAGCGGUUGGCCUAUUUCCGGGAGGAUAUUGGUGUGAACCUGCACCAUUGGCAUUGGCAUCUAGUGUACCCACAGGAAGGUCCGCUUGAAGUCGUCGAUAAGGAUCGCCGCGGCGAGCUGUUCUACUAUAUGCACCGUCAAACCGUAGCGCGGUAUAAUGUGGAACGGUUCUGCAAUCGGUUGCCAGCGGUGAAACCGCUGAAGAAUCUUCGCGAACCCAUUCCGGAGGCAUACUUCCCGAAGCUGCUGAACAGUGCACUGAAUCGCACGUACCCUGGCAGACAUGCGAAUAUGGUGUUGAGCCAUGUCAACCGUCCCGACGAUGACGCUGUUGCAACGAUCUUGGAGCUUGAAUCAUCGCUGGGAAGAAUAAAGGAAGCCAUUCAGUCCGGUUUCGCAAUGGCAGCGGACGGGACACGUGUUCCUCUGGAUCCUAAGAAAGGCAUCGAUAUUCUUGGCAAUAUUAUGGAAAACUCGAUCCUUUCGGUCAACGUACCGUACUACGGUAAUUACCACUCGCUUGGCCACGUUCUCAUCGGCUUUAUCCACGAUCCGGACAACCUGUACCUCGAGGGACACGGUGUGAUGGGUGACUUUACGACGGCAAUGCGUGAUCCAACGUUUUACCGUUUCCAUGGCCACGUGGACGAUGUGUUUGAUAUGCACAAGCAAAAGCUUUCGCCAUACAAAGCGCACGAACUUUCCUUCCCAGGUGUAUCCAUCUCGGACGCAACUGUGCAGAUUACGAGCGGUAAGGCGGCCAGAAAUAGAUUGCUAACCUUCUGGCAACGGACGCAAGUUGAUCUGGGAACGGGGCUAGAUUUCGGACCGCAAGGUAACGUGUUGGCAACGUUCACCCACAUCCAGCACGCACCGUUUGCGUACCAAAUUAUGGUACAAAACGAAACGGCGGAGCAAAAGAAGGGAACUGUUCGCAUUUUCCUCGCCCCGAUCUACGAUGCGAACGGAGAGCAACUGUUACUGAGCCAGCAGCGUCGGUACAUGCUGGAGAUGGACAAAUUUGUCGUCAAGUUACAUCCUGGCGAUAACCGGAUCAUUCGACGAUCGGACCAGUCAAGCGUAACCAUACCGUACGAAAGGACCUUCCGGCGAGUUGAUGCUUCCAACAUGCCGGGCACGGAGAGCUUCCGCUUCUGCAACUGUGGCUGGCCCGAUCAUAUGCUGCUGCCCAAGGGACAUCCCGAUGGUCAACCGUUCGAUCUGUUUAUCAUGAUUUCUGAUUACAAGGACGAUGCUGUAAGCACCGGAUUUAAUGAGAAUGAAAACUGUAACGAUUCACAUUCAUACUGUGGUCUACGCGAUCAGCUGUAUCCGGACCGUCGUGCGAUGGGUUUUCCCUUUGACCGACAGCCGGUUGCCCAGGAUCACUUGAUGAAGGACUUUGUGGGCAGGUUCCCCAAUAUGAGUCGUACCGUAGCGGAAGUUAUGUUCACCAACACUAUCAUUUCACGCACGUAAAUGGCAUCACGAUAACCGAUCGAUGAACGAUACUUGUGGCUGACCCGUAUGAUCGUUUUUUUUUAUCAACGAGGAACAUUAUAUUAAAAUGCAAUGGAAAAAUGAGCAAUAAAAUAUAUUCAUAAUCAAGCAAA